UGCUGCUGCUGCUGCUGCUGCUGCUGUCGUGAAUCCCGGGGCGCGCGCUGCUUGAGCCGAGCCGGAGCUUUUGCCCGCUGCCUGGGGGCGGCGAGGGCGAGCUUUGGAGCGCCUCUCUCUCCUCCUCCUCUUUCUCCUCCUCGAAGGAAGAAGGAGCAGGGCCAGGAGGAGCCGGGGCUGCUAUGCUCAGGUAGCCUUGGGGCGCCUUUGCAGGGACGAGACCCUCCCUCCUCCACCGCUUGGAAGAAACUUGGGCUCGGGUCUGCUUCCCCAGAAGCUGCUCCAAGGAGGAGGAGGAGGAAGAAGAGGAGGAGGAGGAUGGAGCAGGCUUACGGCGCGGGCAAAGCCGGGGGCGCCUUCGACCCGCAGACCUUCCUCCGGCAGCCCCACACAAUCCUCCGGAUGGUGUCCUGGCUUUUCUCCAUUGUUGUAUUUGGCUCUAUUGUGAACGAAGGCUAUGUCAACAAGCCAAACGAAAUGGAAGAAUACUGCAUCUACAACCGCAACCAGAAUGCCUGCAACUAUGGCAUCACCGUGGGAGUCCUUGCCUUCCUCAGCUGCCUUCUCUACCUGGCGUUAGAUGUCUACUUUCCACAGAUAAGCAGUGUCAAGGACCGCAAGAAAGCCGUGCUCUCUGAUAUUGGUGUAUCUGGCUUCUGGGCAUUUCUCUGGUUUGUUAGUUUUUGUUUCCUGGCUGAUCAGUGGCGUGUUUCAAAGAGAGAAGACAACCCAAUGAACGAAGGAGCAGAUGCAGCUCGAGCGGCCAUUGCAUUCUCUUUUUUCUCCAUCUUUACCUGGGUCGGCCAGGCAUUUCUGGCAUUCCAGCGAUUCCAACUUGGAGCCGAUUCAGCCCUCUUCUCCCAGGACUACACGGACCCGAGCCAGGAGGCUGGCAUGCCUUAUGCACCCUACACAAAUGAGGCUGACACUACAGAUAGCAUGGGGACGUACCAGCAGCCCCCUUCGGUAGAUGCUUUUGAUGCUGAUACACAGGGCUACCAGGCACAGGACUACUGAGAGGCGGUGGAGCCCUCUCCCCUCCCCUCCUCCUUUCCCCUCCACCCUCUCCCCUCUGCCACCAACACGCCAAGGUGGAAAACAGACACGUAUGUAUGUACCGGAGCAGCAGGUGGCUCUCAGCCACUUCUCCAGCCUUCUGGGGUCUCUGUGUUUCUUUAUUUCCUGGCUUUUUUAAAAAGCAGAAACACCUAACACCUCCUCCCUCUUCUGAACUUUCCACCAAAAUCAAAGGGUUGUAUGGGUUUUUUUCCUGCAGUAAUAGAAUUUGUUAUCUCUCUCUGUCUGGAAAGCUGCUGGGUAAGGAUCUAGUUCACCCUUUCCAUCGGGGGAAGAGGGAAAGGACCUCAAGAUAGUGUUACUGGGGAGGCACAUCAGAUGAGGGGAGGACUGGGUGAGAAGUAGCCAGCCUGGGCAGUAAUGGGGAGGGAGAAUAAGAUAGAUAGGUGUCUAAAUCUGUGAGCAAGGGUUGAAAGUGUGUGUGUGAGCAAGAAAGGGCGAGUGAAUGGUGCAAAUGGCAGCAGAACGGUGUUGAGAAUGGAUUUUGAAUGAGUUUUACUCCUCCAUUGAGAUCAUGAGCAGAUGGUUUUCAAAAUCCCAAAGGGAAAUUGUUCUGGUUUAUUUUCAGGAAUAUUUUGCCAAUGCUAAGAGCAUGGUAGUUGAGGUUUAAUUUGUUUAAUUGUUUCCAGUUUAAAUUGAGCCUCAUAGGAAUUCAGUUGGUCAAUAUGCCUGCAGUUCUCUUAAUUCAAUGAGUCUUCUAUAGCUAGUUCUCUUAUCCUUUGCCUCCCAAAGAGCACUAUCAUUGGACAUUAACCACAUUGGCUGUUCAUCACAACUGUUUGCCGUUGCUGGGUGCUUACUUUUGGAGGGUCCAAUCAGCGCCCACCUGCAGAAUAUUACAUGAUGAUCUGUUGUUCCAUAAUCCUUUACCAAGCAAUGCUGCUGUGGGCUGCUGGGCAUUUGUGUUCAACAACAUCUGGAAAGUCACAGGCUUUCCAGUCCUAAAUUACCAUGUUGGCUUGCCUUGCAGUGGCACCCAUAGUGGAAACAAUCUACAUGAUGAAUUUCAGUGCAAAGAAGCAAGAAUUUAUAAGGCUAGCUUGCAGAGAUAUGCCAUUUAUCAUUGUGGCUACAAUGGUCCUUCUCUAUACUAGAUAAAUGUUCUGGCUGUUGUAGAUUUAAGCAGGAAGACACUUUAAACUCUUGUGCCAAACCAUCUGUUACCCCCACUGUUUGUAUGCUCAAGAAUAACAAAGCAGAAUUUCCACACUGAAUGUUUUUCUAUGGUGGGAGAACAACAAUUUGUUGUAUCUGCCAGCUAGGCUGAACUCAGAAAUCAGCUGAAAGAUGCAUGGAGUUCAGUGCCAACACAGCUUGAAACAAGGAUAUUAUAUGACACUGUGAAACGUUUAGCUUGUGUCUGGAUUAAUAUCUACCAUCAGGGAAGAUAUACAACUAGGAACAGACACUUAAUACCCGCUCAAGCACUACAGACUCCUCAGUGGAAUUAACAAACAUGAGUUCUUCCCACAUUAAUUAUUUCUUAAUAGAAAGUGAUCUACUCCUGGUUGUAUUGUUGUACCUCAAUGAAAAACAGUUGCAAAGAGUUAGUUUCAAAAGAUUACGGUAGAUGAGGUGCUGGUGUCAUCAUCUAAAAGGGAAAGGUUUCCCUUGACAUUAAGUCUAGUGGUGUCCGACUCUGGGGGGUGGUUCUCAUCUCCAUUUCUAAGCUGAAGAGCCAGCAUUGUCCGUAGACACUUCCAAAGUCAUAUGGCCAGCAUGACUGAUGGUGUGCUGUUAUCUUCCCGCCAGAGUGGUACCUAUUGAUCUAUUCACAUUUGCACAUUUUUGAACUACUAGGAUGGCAGAAGCUGCGGCUAACAGUGGGAGCUCACCCCGCUCCCUAAAUUCGAACCACCGACCUUUUGGUCAGCAAAUUCAGUAGCUCAGAGUUUAACCUGCUGUGCCACUAGGGAUCAUCAUCUAUCAUUCCCCAAUAGUUUGUUAAUUCAUUAAGUUGUAUAAUUCUCUCCUUGAAGAAAGUCCACCAUACUUGAUUUAACAAGCCUAAUUGACAUGUAACUUAUUAAAAAGUAUAGAAAUAAUAAUUACAGGGUCAGAGCAACAGCAGGAUCCAAUAGAUUACUCAGCACUAAACAUACACUGAUAGAGUUCAGUCUUAAGACAUUAGGCUGUUUCCAGACAUUACCGUAUACUUCUCUUCAAAGAAAUCCAAAAGUGUGUGUAUCUUUGGAUUGCUGGUAAGAUCCGGCUUUUUAACACUCCCACAAUCUUCUUAAUGUAUGUAUGGUUCGACCUUUCUGACAUUAUAACAAUAUAUUAAACUUAGCCCCUUUUUAAAAAAGAAUACUUGUUUUGAAAUGUAACUAGAGAGAUGUUGCAAUUGAAGUAAGAUAACUUUGGGCUGCUGUUUCCCUUGGCUACUACCAGGAAAAAGGAAGGCUAAAAAGGCAAGAGACAAAGCAUGGAUUCUUCAUUAAUUGACUAGAUGCCCUUUAAUUUCCGUUAUAGUUUUUAAAAAGAGGACCAUAGGAAUAUCUUGGUCAAGCAUGCGCAUACUUUGGCCCUCCAGGUGUUUUGGACUUCAGCUCCCACCAUUCCUAACAGCCAGUAGGUGGGAGUUGAAGUCCAAAACACCUGGAGGGCCAAAGUUUGUCCAUAUCUGAUCUAGGUAAUAAAUUACUAUAGUGGUGCUGAGUCUUUCCCACCUGUGUGGUGUGCAUGCUGAUUGUGAAUGUGUGUUCUGCUGCCUAUGAAUCCUUUCUGUUGACAUUUUUUAUGUGUAGAGAUUGUAGCUUGGAAAAGUUAUAUUUUGGGGAUGAGGGGAUGAUAAUGCUUCCGGAAUCUCCCAGCCUGCAUAGAUAUUGGUGAUGUUGGUUGGUAGAUCCUGUAAAAUAUAGUCCAGAAAGAAAAAGAAAGAUUAUUUUUUACUCUAAAGCCUAACACUGUGUGGUUAGAAUCUAGCAGGGAGAGAGAGGAGGGAUACGGCAGUCCAUUGCUCAUGAAGCACAAUCAGGAACUAAGCCCCUUGCUUUAUGGUCCCAAAUGAAAGCAAUAUUAUAUAUGGCUUGGGUGGGUGGGGGGAUGACUAUUGUCUUCAUCCACAAGCUUUUCUUCUAUUGGGGUGGCCUAAUAUUUAGGCUUGUAGUGGGUGGGGGGUUAUUUUGAUGAUGGGAUUCUUCAUAACAGGUGAAGGAGAGGUCCUUCCUUUUCUUCUCUCCCCUGGAGGGAAAGGGGGAACUAUGGAAUUGGAGGGUUGGGAGGGUGAAAAGUCCAGUGUCGGUAUGGUUUUGCUGAUGUCAAUUGCAUGCUUUCAUGUGGGGGUGGGAGGGGGGAUUUUCCAUCCCACAACAUCUGCUCUGUGUAAAGCUUGAAACAGGGUUUUUGCCUUGAGGGACAAGCCAAACCUGUAUUCAAAUGAAUUCUGCUAUGGGGAUUGUUUUUACACCCGUUUCCCUGUUACAUAUGAAUAAAUUUAAAAGUUCAGAGAGGAGUACUUUCCUCAAAUGCAUACAGUACCCUUUUACAAAACUCAGAAAAACAUGCACAUAAACACACACUUGUAGAUGGAACAUAAAAGGGUAAUGAGCCAUAACUCAACAGAAUUACAUGAAAGGCCAUUGAUUACACACUGAAUCUGUGUAUUGGAUUGCAGCCACUACUGUCAUUGGAGAAAAUACUUUAUUUAAAAGUGAAACAUUCUGCUAAUGGCCUAUUGAGCCAUUGCUUUUUUCUUGGUCCUCAUAAAGAAUUCCAUGAUGAUCUCCAGCUUGUGUUCUGAGAUUGGAAGAGUUUCUAUUUUGUCUAAGAAUAGCAAAAAUAAUAAUUCUUGGUACAUCCACACUUAUGGAUUAAUUCUAGAAAGGGGAUGUCUCUAUACCAGGAUACCUAUCCAAUAACACUGACAAUCACGUAGCAAGAAUCCUUGGCCUUCCAGUAUUGGGCUCAACUUUCCAUGAAUAAAGGAGGCAUCUGGCUAUCCAGAAGCAAUACUACUGUGGUUUCGUCUUUCCACUCUGUGAAGCCACAGUGAAGUAGUGCUUCACCUAAUUAUAUGAUAGUAUAAACCACUUUAUAUUUUAUAGUGCAGUUCAAUUACACCACUGUUCCCUUUAAGUAAUGUAAAAUGUGAAGACCAGGGGAGCAUCGUAAUGAAAAGUGGACAUGUUCCAGGGAAAUGCAGGCAAGCAUGGCUCCAGCACAUUUUGAUCCACAUACCUACUUUUCACACUUGUGUUCCCAUAUGGGAAACAAUGGUGAAAAUGUGGUUUCGGUGUCAAAUGAGGAGUUUCCUAGUGGAGUUAAAGUCUUUACUGUGCUCUCAAGUAUCACAUGGUGUUGCUUCAGCAUUAAGUGCAACCUCCAAGUUUAAAUUACUUGGGACAGUGAGGACGCAGGCCUUGUACACAGACAGAAAUGUUGCCAAAUAUAGCCACCAGCAUGUCGUCUAUCUCCCAGUCAAACAAUACAGUCAAUGAACAGCUAGCUAGCCAACUAAAUAGCCAAACAAAGACCACCAGCCAAAGAAAUGUAUUUGCUAGGUAUCUGAACUCCUAGGCAAGUCACUGGCUAUAUGUAGUUGAACAUUAGGGUGAUAGAUCUGAACAUGCACCAGUAUUCUUAAGUAUACCACAAAAAUGAGGGGACAGUCUGAUUGCAUACUCACAAGAUCUAGAGAGGUCUCACUAAGGCAAAAUCAACUGAAUUAAGAGUGCAGGUGGACAAAGUUAUUGUCGCAGUUUUGUUCCGCUUCCCACAACAGGAACAUGAUGUCCCCAUUGAGCUCUAGAUAUGAAUUUCUCAUUACAUUCUCAUUCUCUUUAUCUAUUAUGGUAAUAAAUGUGAGAGUCUCAGUAUUCGGUACUUCCAGUUUCAUUGGCAAUCAGAAGCACACAGAUGCCAGAACAGAUAGGCAGGUCUCCUUAUGAAUCUAAAUGAAUACGUUUGAGGCUUAAUAAAUCACAGGUCAGUCUUUACAGUUUUCCAACUUUUGGGGCAACAUCACUUGAGGUCUGGCUGCCCGGGUAUAAUAUAUCAUUAUACUAUAUUAUAUAUGAAGGUGUAUAAUAUGAAGCUGUGCACAUACGUGUUCAUACAUAUGUGACAAUGAAAGGGUGGCCCGCUGCAUACAAAAUCCCCCCCCCCCCCCAAACAAUCUCUGAUUAUUCCAAGCUCCACCCCAACGGAUCCAUUCUGUCCUCUCCAGUAUGUUUCCCUCAACAUAAGCCCUGCCAUCUCGGCACCUGUGUUUACGAUGUCCUGUAUACUUGUGGUUUAAAACAAAAAGUGAAGGUGGUAACUACUGGUGUGUCUUAUCAAUAAAGUUAUUACAUUCAAAAAUUGUAAA